GCUACCGGAGUUCCCGUAGCACCCUGCCCCUGCCGUCAUCCCCGGGAGACCCCACGUAGGACCGUACGCAUCUCCCAUCCACUUCCGCUUCAAAGGCGAGGAGCUUGACUGGGAGUCGUGGCGUCUCUUCGGUGGCGUUUCAGUGUCCAGGACUUGUCCGGAACCAAGGCAUCAAUUCAGGAGAAAGAGGAGCUUCUCUGCCAGGAGCCCAAUUGAGGAACCUGAGUGCACCAAUAUCCUGUCCUUUGUCCAGACUCUUGCCUAUAGUUCCUGUCCACGGCCAUCAUGCCCCACAGGGAGAAGAGUAAGGUCCGUGGUCUUGAGAACCAUCACCAGGAGCAGGCUGAGACCCAGGGUCUUCAUGAUCAAGCCACCACAUCUAGGGGAGAAGAGACCACCUCCUCCUCCCCUCCUAAGUUAGAGAGUGCUCCCUCAAGCUCGUCUGCUGCUGACACCCCCAUGGGGCCUCAGGGAGCCCAAGGCAUGACCAGUGCUGCUACAGGUGCUAUACCCAAAAGAUUUGGUGUCGGUGCCGCAGCACGCUCAAGAGCUCGUGUCGGUGUCACAGCACGCUCAAGAGCUGGUGUCGGUGCCGCAGCACGCUCAAGAGCUCGUGUCGGUGCCGCAGCACGCUCAAGAGCUCGGGUCGGUGCCACAGCACGCUCAAAGGCUCAAGGGUCCCAGGCCUCAGCUGCUGCUGAGAGCUCUCACAGAGAUCCUCUGAGCAAGAAGGUCGAGGUGUUGCUACAGAAGAUGCUGUAUAAGUAUAAGGUGAGGGAGCUCAUUAAGAAGUCAGAAAUGCUGAAGGCAAUCAAUAAAAGGUACAGGGGGCACUUCCCUGAGAUCCUCAGGAGAGCCUCUGAGCGCCUAGAGAUGGUGUUUGGCCUGGUCCUGAAGGAAGUCAGGCCCAACAGUCACUCCUAUAUCCUGGUGAGCAACCUAGAUCUCAGUGACAGUGCGUCUAUGAGAGGUGACCGGGGGCUGCCGAAGAAUGGUCUUCUGAUGCCUCUUCUGGGUGUCAUCUACAUGAAUGGCCACCACGUCUCUGAGGAGCAGAUCUGGAAGUUCCUGAAUUUUCUGGGCGUCUAUGAUGGAAGAAGGCACUUCAUCUUUGGAGAUACCAGGAAGUUCCUCACAGAAGAUCUGGUGCGGGAAGAGUACGUGGAGUACCGCCAGGUGCCAGGCAGCGAUCCCCCUCGCUAUGAGUUCCUUUUGGGUCCAAGAGCACUCAUGGAAUCCAACAAGAUGAAAGUCCUGGAGUUUUUGGCCAAGGUCAAUGAUACGGUCCCUGCUACCUUCCUGGAGCAUUUUGAGGAGUCUUCCAGAGAGGAAGUAGAGAGCACCAGCGCCAGAGCUGUAGCCAGCGUUGGCACUUCUGCCUCGGGCAGGGCUGGCACGUCUGUCAGGGAUACUGCAGGCAUUUCUGUCUUGGUCUGGGAUGGCCCUUCUGCUGUAGCCCAGGCUGAGCAUCCUGCUUCCGCCAUGCCUGGCAUUUCUGCUGCAGCCAGUGCUGGCUCUUCUGCCUCGGCCCGUGCCCACGCUAGGGCCACAUCCAGCCAGUCAUCUCACCCCUAGUGUGGGCUGAAGGCCAUUCUUCACUUUGUGGUCAGAAAAGCCUGUCAUCAGCCUGUGUUCCUGUUGACUUUCCCCCCAGUUUUCAGUUCUUUCUUUUUUCAACAGAAAGCGUAUUUAGGUUGAUGAUACAAGUAUUUGAAUAACAUGGGUCACACACACUUUGCUGUUUGUCAAAUUCAUGAGUAGGAAUUUUGUUUUUGGAAAUGCAUAUUGGAAAUCCUCAAAUCCCUCUUGUGAUCCCGGAUGAGAAUAACAUCACUUUAGGAUAAGAAUAGCCUUAGAAAUGUGAAAGUCACCACACUAAUAGAAGCUCAGAACAUAGAUACAUAGAGAGAGAGCUGAAAGUUCUUCAAUUUUUGGUUUGCUUUACUCUCUGUUUAGUCUCCCUUUUCGUAAAUAUGAAAGAUAUAUACUUGGAUCUGCUUAUGGUUUUCAAGAAUGUUUGAGAAUAUAAAUUAUAGCAAA